AUGAGUGAUAACAUAAAUAAGUUCUAUUUCGUCGAACCUAAAACUUCAAAAGCAUCAGAAGAGAAACCAAAGAAAAGAAAACCCAAUAUGUUUAUUUUAUUUCGAAAUGAAAUGAUGAAUUAUAAACCGAUAAACAUGCAAAUGACUGAAUACAGCAAGCUGGUCUCAAAAUGGUGGAAAGAAUUGCCAAUCGAUGAUAAAACCGAACUACAAAGGCGAUAUCAAAUAAACCGUGAUCAAAGAUCACAAAACACGGUCAGUGAAUGUGCAACUGUCGAUCCGUAUAUUCGAUUUGAUGCAGCCAAUGGUGAAAACCUUGAAAGGCAAGAAGUUGCGAUAUUUCCAUCUCCGUAUCCUAAGAUUAUGAAGAAUGAUUUUUAUUUGCCGUCUAUGCCACAAUAA